AUGGACGACAUUAUCAAUGCAGCACGUAGAGCUAAUAUUCAUCAAGUUAUUGACCAAUUACCUCAGGGUUAUGAAACAAAAGUAAGGUUGAAAGGCAGUUUUCUAUCGGAUGGUGAGAAGCAACGUAUUGCUAUUGCUCGAGUUCUUGUUCGCCGACCUAAAAUUGUACAAGAAGCUCUUAAACAAGCUCAAGGAGAAGACUCUAGUAGAGCAUCACUUAUUAUUGCCCAUCGUCUUUCAACUAUCCGUUCAUGUGAUUUAAUUUGUGUACUUGAUAGAGGAUGUAUAGUGGAAGGUGGUACUCAUACAAAGUUGACACAACGACGUGGGGCUUAUUAUAAAAUGCUUACUCAAAAAAAUUUACAAUGA